AUGAGGAAGGACAGCCAUAGGAAAAGAAAAAUCUUAGCUAAACUAAACUCAAUCGAUUGGUGGAUAAGUCAUAGUCCAGUACCAAGAAAUAAUGCAAUAAAAGUGAUAGAACUACUCCUCAAAAAACAGGUAGAAGACGUCAAAACAUACUACUUAGUACAAUGGAGCAGAAAAUCAAUAAAAUGGGGACCUCCUAUCAAACAGAGACAAAUAGUUAGGACAAAGAAUCCUAUUAUUGAUAUACCACCACAUCUUACAACACCGGCUCUAAAAGAAAUAUUGUUCCCUGAGAUAACCCUUCCUGACUCACGGAUUGGGACACAAGAUAUAGUAGGAUUGAAAGAGAUGUUUGGUGUAGGAAUAGAAGAGAAAAUGAGUCUUGUGAGACAGGUUAGAGUUCUGUUAAAUGCAAUGGACACUAAGGAAAUCUACCUGCCCAUAUUACCAAACUCAAGCAACAAUCUUGUACCAAUAAAACAUGCCAUGUUACACUAUAACUUUGUCCUAAGUACUAUAUCUGUAGAGGAUAUGAGAGAAAAUACUUCUUGGGAACCUCUUCUAGAAAAUUUUAUAAGAUGCCUAUAUGUAGAGGCAAAGCUCUCAAACAUAAGUAUUCAAGACCUGAGGGACAUAUGUUACAACACCACCAUAAUGAGAAAAAGAGUUGUUGACCUUUUAGAUCUUAUUGGAAGCAGGAAUUCAUUGGAGUAUGUUCGGCUAAAGGCUCUUUUUGAAAGGGGCUCCACACUAGAAUGUAGAAGAGAUGGACUUACUACAUGUACUAUGCCUUCUGACUGUAGACACACAGUAAUUGGAAAUGCAGCAGGAUGUGACACUCAUGUUUUGUCAGGAAACCAAAUGACAGCAAAACACAAAUGCCAUGGUUGGAAAAGUAAUGUCAGAUCUGAGGGAAUGGCAUGCAAAAUUAGGUCACCAAGAGAUAAAUCAAGUGAAAAGCAUCUUGAUAAAGCAGAAUAUAAAGUUUGGAAAUAG